AUGUUGCCACAAUGUCAAGGUCCGGUCUGGGCCAUUGACGACUUGUCUCGUUGCUUUCAACGCAAUGUGCUCCAAGUGAUACUUCCCCUCACGGUAUGCGGCGCUUCGCUGCUGCUGAUCCUCCUUCGUCUCGCCCAUCGUUAUGCGCUCACCCGGAAAGGUGUCGCCUACAAGGUUCUGCCAACCAAUGAUUCGGAGGAGUCCAAUACCGCGGAAAAUGAAUCCGAUGCUAUGCUGUCUCAGGCCGCCCAGAACGAACAAUCUCAGGUUGAGGUCGAUCGCCCGCGCGGAGAAAUCGCCGUUGUACUACUCGAAAUCGCCGCUUUGAUUGGCCAGGUCGCGGUCUCCAUUGCGAUUUUGUCGACUGGCGUCUGGGGUCGACAUGGAACGCUUCCCGCGAUCGCCGGUCUGGUCUCAUGGGGUUAUAUACUUUUCUUGGUGCUGGUUCGGUUCCUUCUGUCGACGAUGGAUCUGUUCUCGGCGCCGAGAUUGUGGAAUCAUACCGCCAGUCUGUACGGUCUUCAGUGGCUGUUCAACGUGAUGAUUUUCCGAUCUGCCAUCAUUCACCCGCUCUCUCAGCGUGCCUUGAUUUUUAGCAGCGUUCAGUUCGCGCUCAGCACAGUCCUGCUGAUGGUCGCUCUUACUACGCGCCGGGGUAACAAGCCGGUGUUGGUGGAACGCGAAGGCAAAUUGGAGCCCCCGACACACCCGAUGGCCAGCCUGUUAUCUCUGGCGACAUUCUCCUGGCUGGAUCCCUUGGUCAUGAAGGGCUAUCGUCAACCGCUUGAGCUGCAGGAUGUUUGGAAUUUGACUCCCUCUCAGAAGGCUGCCAAUGUCCUGACGGACUUCCGUAAGCGCCAGAUGAAGGGAUCCCUGGCAUGGAAGCUUAUCCGUUACUUCAUGGGAACGAUCCUCAAGCAGGGUGCUUGGACUGUCUUUGCCAAUCUGUUUGUGUUCAUGCCCAGUCUUCUCCUGAAGGCUAUCCUGGAGUAUGUCGAAGACCCUCGUUCGACUACCCCCAAUGCUGCGUGGCUAUUUGCCAUUCUGCUCUUCUGCUGUGCCACCGUACAGGGUGUUGCAGAUGGACAAUCGCUGUAUAUUGGUCGCAAGAUGGGUGUGAAAAUCCGUGCGAUCAUUAUUGGUGAAAUCUAUGCCAAGGCCCUGCGCCGUAAGGCGGGUGCUUCAGUGGAAGCUGCCAAGAAGGCUGUCGAUGACUCCGUCUUGCCCAAGGAUGCGCAGAAGAAGAAGAAAGGACUGUUUUCUUUCGGUCGUAAGAAGAAGGCGGCAAAUGCCAACGACACCGAGACCGCAACAAAGCCCGAUUCCAAGGAAGAGGAUACCACACAAGCCAACGUCGGUACUAUCAUCAACUUGAUGGCCAUCGAUUCUUUCAAGGUUAGCGAAGUGGGUGCCUAUCUUCACUUCCUGUGGGCCAGUGUGCCUGUGCAACUGAUCAUGGCCAUUACUCUGCUUUACCACAUUAUGGGCUUCAGCUCAUUCGCCGGUAUUGCGCUCAUGGCACUUAUGUUGCCUAUCAACCUUUUCAUCGCCCGUCAGUUCAACAAGGUACAAAACCAAAUCCUCAAAGGCACCGAUGCGCGCAUCCACGCCACCAAUGAAGUUCUCCAGAACAUCCGCAUCAUCAAGUACUUCGCUUGGGAGCAGCGCUUCCAGGAUAUCGUCAAUGAGAAGCGCAAGACUGAGCUCAAGGCCCUGCGAAACAGAUACAUCUUGUGGUCCUCUGCCGCAACUGUUUGGUACGGCACCCCCAUUCUGAUCACGUUCAUGUCAUUCUUCCUGUAUACCGUGGUCGAGAAGAAGCAGUUGACGCCUUCCAUUGCCUUCCCUGCUCUUUCCAUGUUCUCCCUGCUCCGUGUUCCCUUGGACCAGCUCGCGGACAUGGUUGCUCACGUGCAGGAAUGCAAGGUCUCUCUCGACCGUGUGGACAAGUACCUGAACGAGGAAGAGACCGGAAAAUACGAUCAACUGCGCGACAGCACAACUGCUGGAACCCCAGCCAAGAUUGGUCUUGAAAAAGCCACUCUCUCCUGGAGUAACUCAAAGUCUCAGGCUAAGGACACCGUGUCUGAUGCUGAGUUGGACGCUUUCCGUCUGAUCAAUGUUGAUGUUGAAUUCCUUGUUGGAAAAUUGAACAUCAUUGCUGGACCCACUGGAUCUGGCAAGACCUCUUUGCUCAUGGCUCUUCUCGGAGAGAUGCAGCUCAUCGAGGGUCGGGUUCAUCUCCCCGGUGGAAUGUCCAACAGGGCCGAUCUCCCUGUGGACCCCGAAACUGGCUUGGUUGAUAGCAUUGCCUACUGUGCCCAGGAAGCAUGGCUGGUCAAUGAUACCGUGAAGGAAAACAUCAUCUUCGCCUCGCCCUACGACGAGCGUCGCUACCGCGCAGUGCUCAAGGCAUGUGCCCUCGAACGGGACCUUGCCAUUCUGGAUGCCGGUGACCAGACUCUGGUUGGAGAGAAGGGUAUCAGUCUGUCAGGUGGUCAGAAGCAGAGAAUCUCUCUUGCUCGCGCCAUCUACAGCAGUGGUCGCCAUCUCCUGCUCGAUGACUGUCUCUCUGCUGUUGACUCCCACACUGCUAAGCACAUCUUCCGCCAAGCUCUUACUGGUCCUUUGAUGCUCAACCGUACCUGUAUUCUUGUCACUCACAAUGUCGCCUUGACUGUUCCCCAGUCAGACCAUGUGGUGAUUUUGGAUAACGGCAAGAUCUCCGCCCAGGGCCGUCCUAACGAUGUCGCCGCUACUGGUGCUUUGGGAGACGAAUUCCUCAAGUCCCGUCCUGUCUCCCGUGCCAGCUCCCGCGGUCUGUCUCGUGUGCCUUCCGACCACGAAGCACCGGAUGAAGAUCUCAACGGCACUGCCAACGGAAAAGACCAGGAAGAAAAGGCCAAGCUCCAGGAAUCCAAGGCUACUGGUAGUAUCAAGUGGACCACUGUCAGCAUGUACCUUCGCGCUAUGGGACCAUGGUACUACUGGAUCGGAGCUGUCUUGGUGUUCUGCUUGCAGCAACUCGGCUCGGUCUCUACCAACAUCUGGAUCAGACAAUGGGCCAAUUCCUACCACACCUCCAAGGCUGGCACUGAAGACGCCGGUCAUGUUGGUCGCGUGAGCAGCUGGAGCUUGCCCCAGCUUGGUGCGAGCUCCACUGCCGAGGGCUCUGGUGAAGUUAAUGUAGGUUAUUACUUGGGCGUAUAUGCGCUUCUUGGAUUCCUUUACAUUGCUAUCUCUCUCUCCCGUGAAGCUGUCCUUUUCUGGGGCUCACUUCACGCCUCUUGGAAGAUUCAUGACCGUCUCCUCAAGGCUGUCAUGCAUGCCAAGUUCCGAUUCUUCGAUUCCACGCCCCUUGGUCAGCUCAUGAACCGGUUCUCCAAGGAUGUCGAAUCGGUGGAUCAGGAGGUUGCCCCUGUGGCCAUUGGUAUGCUUCACAGUCUGGCGUCUGUCAUUAUGAUCGUCAUUCUGAUCUCUUGGAUCACCCCGGGCUUUUUGAUCGCUGGUGUGUUCAUCACACUCGUGUACACUGCUCUUGGUGCCGUCUACCUGAACUCCUCUCGCGAUCUCAAGCGACUGGAAUCUGUCCAGCGCAGUCCUCUCUACCAGCAGUUCGGUGAGACCCUGAACGGAAUCGUCACUAUCCGUGCUUACGGUGAUGGACCUCGCUUCAUGGUGGAUAACCACCAACGCAUCAAUGCUUACAACCGUCCUCACAUCUACCUCUGGGCCAGCAACCGCUGGCUCGCCCUGCGUGUUGACUGGACAGGUGCAUUGGUCUCAUUCUUCGCCGCCACCUUCGUACUUCUCAACGUCGGAACCAUCGACGCAGGUGCAGCAGGUCUCUCUCUAACCUACGCCGUCACCUUCACCGAAAACGUCCUGUGGCUCGUGCGCCUUUACUCCGAAGUCCAGCAGAACAUGAACUCCGUCGAGCGAGUCAGGGAAUAUCUCGAGGUCGACCAGGAAGCCGCAUCCGUCAUUGAAGGGUCCCGUCCCCCAGCGAACUGGCCCAGCCAAGGCGCCGUCGACUUCAACAGCUACUCCACCCGCUACAGACCCGAUCUGGACCCCGUUCUCAAGGAGGUUUCCUUCUCCGUCAAGGCCGGCGAAAAGGUCGGCAUCGUGGGUCGCACCGGCGCCGGCAAGAGUUCUCUUGCCCUCGCCCUCUUCCGAGGUCUCGAGGCAGAGAAGGGUCAAAUCCUAAUUGACGGUGUUGACAUCGGCGCAAUUGGCUUGCGCGACCUGCGCGAGGCAAUCACCAUCGUUCCUCAAGACCCAACCCUCUUCACCGGAACCCUCCGCAGCAACUUAGACCCCUUCGGUCUAUUCAGCGACGAACAAAUCUUCACAGCCCUCCGCCGCGUCCACCUCAUCGGAUCCAGCACCUCGGGCACCGCAACCCCCACAACGCCCAGCACCCUCACAGCAACCGAGAGCAACGCCAACGCCAACGGCAGCGCUGUAACAGUCAUCGACAACAAAAACAUCUUCCACAACCUCGACAGUCUCGUCUCAGAAUCAGGCUCAAACCUCUCACAAGGUCAACGCCAACUCCUCUGUCUCGCCCGAGCCCUCCUCAAAAACCCACGCGUUCUCAUGAUGGACGAAGCCACCGCCUCAAUCGACUACGCCACCGAUGCCAAAAUCCAAGAAACGCUCCGCGAGCUCCACAGCAGUACCAUCAUCACCAUCGCCCAUCGUCUGCAGACUAUCAUCGAUUACGAUAAGGUUCUGGUCCUUGACCACGGCCGCGUUAUCGAGUUCGAUCAUCCUUGGACUCUCAUUAACAAGGAUGAUGGCACUUUCCGCAGUAUGUGUGAUAACAGUGGUAAUAUGGAGGUUUUGCUUGAUGGGGCGAAACGGGCUUGGACGCAGAAGAGACUUGUUGAUGACUCUUGA